AUGAGUAUCGCGGUCGAGGUUAAAAAUGUUUGUAAAGAGAAAGACGAGGAUAUUUCCAUAGAAGUAUUAGAGGUUUCUCUGCUUAGUCAACAAUGGAAGUUAACUAACGCAAUUGCAGCCCCUAAUGUAGAGGCCGCUUUGAUUCCACGCGAAAGAAUUCAUUACGUUUUUAAAGCUAAAAGAAUUCUUGAAGAAAGUAACAAAAACAAAUUAGAAUAUUCGUACAUUAAAGUUGGGAAAAGACACGCUGAAAGCGUCGACGAUGUUAUUUCCCCGCCAUAUUCUAAAUUCCUGGUCGAUUCCCUGCCUUCUGUUGAUGAUAUCACCGAAACAAAUUAUUCAGUACCAGCGAAAAAGAGAGAUGGGUUGAUACAGUCAAUGCUUGUUUUGAGAUGGAAGGCUUAUGAUAAAGUGAAAAAUAGAACCGCUAUUGGGCAACACUGUUUAUGGAUGGAUUGCUUCACUAAAGCGUUGUACCGUGAAAUAGAUUCGUCGCCAGUUUUACCCGCGAUACAACUGGAAGAAAGUGAAAGUAAAACUAACAUUAAUGACAUAGAAGAAAAGAGCUACACAAGUGAUGUCGUUAUUUUCAGAUUAGAGCAUUCCAAUUAUGUCAAUCAUAACUUUACUUUGAGAAAAUUGUGUUUGAUACCUAUUGUUAUAAAUAUAGUCAACUGUUAUGGAGUGCCGGUCACGGUAUUUAUUGAUAUGAGUAAGCAACAAAAUAGAGAAACGACGGGUGAAUUGGGUUGGGCGGGAGCACUAAGCACAGGCAUUGAACCAGAUUCCAGGGAAAUAGGAGUGAAUGUGACGCUAGAAAAAUUUGAAUCACGUCGUGUACAAGUGCGAGCGCUCUGCGCCGCCCCCGGCACUUACGUAGUGGGUUCCGCCUUCACUCUCACUACCGUGUGGGGUGUGAACAACCGAGCCAGCACACACUUUUCCAACAACGCUUCUCUUCUAGUCGUUAGACAAGUCUAG